GCACAUUAAUACUAGAAGUUCUCAAGCCCAACGAAAGUAAAACCAUAAUAAUCUUCAACAUCUCAACUUAUUCUUCCUUCAAACGCGAUAAAAAAACCCUCGACGUUUCGUCGACUCACUGGGUACAAUACUCUUCUCCAAACCACUCCUAACUAAACAUGCCGCCCGCUAGUUUCAAGGGGAUCUUCGCUCCUACCGGGAAGCGCAGUUGGGAAAAGGCAUCCGGACUCGCGAAUUUCUUGAAGGACUCGUUUUCCCUCCCGACCCUCCUUGUGCUGGCUGGUUUCGUUCAGGGUGUUCUCUCGCUCAUCCUCCCGUCCCGCUACGCCCUCCUCCCCACCGUCUUCGUGCUCCUACGCGCCGUGGUCUGCGCCAUCCGCGACGUUACCUCCCUUGAACGGUUCGUCGCCGAGCGGGGUGUUAUCAAGGGGCGCACCUCGGCCCAGCUUCCGAACGCAAGCUACGACCCCGUCCUCGCCGAAAAGGCCUCUCCGUUUGGUUCCGCCCCGGCGGAAAAAAGCAUCGUAGUGCUCCACCUGGGCGCUCGCUUCAACCACCCGCUUGGCGGGUUGGCGCCUGGCAGCAAGGAAGUUACGGAGAAGUUCAUGGCUUGCCACAAGGAGGUCCUAACGCGCGCAAAGGAGUUCGGCUGCCUCGGGGGGACGUCAUACCGGGGGGACGAGACGGCGUCCAACAACACCGUCAUGACCGUAUACUACUUCCGGGACUUGGACGGGCUGAACAGCUUCGCGCACGACCGCGUACACCGGGAGGCGUGGGACUGGUAUAAGAAGGAGUGCCUUAAGAAAGGGUACUCGCAUAUCGGCAUCUUCCACGAGGCCUUCUGCGCGCCGGCGGGCGCCUACGAGACUAUCUACGUCAACAUGCAGCCCACGCUACUGGGGGCAGGCAGCGCGGAUGUCAAAAACGAGGCAACCGGGACAGAUGACUGGGUACGGACCGUCGUCGACGCCUCGAGCUCGGUGUGGCGGAGCCAACAUUCGCGGAUGGGCAGAGGCCAAGCGCGGGAGACCGACAACUGAGUCGGGCACGGAACAGUGAACCAGGGCAACGGAAGUAAGACGCGGGCAUACAA